AUGCAAACCAGUGAACAAUAUCCUCGUUCCCUCCGUAAAGAAGCGAUACUGUCAGUUGAUACUAAUGAAACGGAUGACUUCAUUUCUGUGCCUUCUAUACAAUAUCCUCAGAGGCCCCUUCAGACAAGCGGGGAUGCAUGUUCAGACACGGAUAACACACAAAUUACUCAGGACAAUGUAUCCGCUCAGGGAUCACGCAUUCUACUUUGUCUAAAGCGUCAAAUAAGACGACUUUUCAGAACUAAUUCCGGAAGCAGUGGACUACAAAAAAGCCUACAAGAUUUGACACUAACAAACGCAACGACUGUGGAACGAAAAGCAUCCCCGACCGAGGAAAAUUCUAGCAGUCAGCUUGACCAAAAAGACAUUCCCAUAACUUGCGGUGUUCAAGAGGACAUUGAAUGCUUCAAAAAUAAUUACAACGCAGCUCUUCUUCGUCUAGAUUCUUUAACCGACGCACAAAUUAAUGGUGUUCAAAGCAGUUGGAAACUUUUGAAAAUCCAUAUUGAAAAGAUCGGGGUGAUUGUUUUCCUCGGACUAUUUGAAGAACAUUCGGACUUCCGUGAUGCAUUUGCUCGGUUUCGUCAAAAGCAACUGUCAAUUCUCACACGCGAUCCGGCUUUUCAGGCGCAUGGUUUGCGAGUACUAAACGUUGUCGACAAAAUCAUCUCCAGGUUGCGCAGAAUCGACACCAUCCAGGACUUUCUUCUCUCACUGGGAUCAAAGCACUGUCGUUACGUUCCAAACAUUGAACUGGUGCCGGCAGUUGGUGAACAAUUACUUGAAGCGAUCCGGCCAGUUUUGGAAGAACAAGGAUUGUGGGAUGAUGACACUGCAGUCGGUUGGGAAGCUGUUCUGGCCUACCUGAACUGCGCGAUGCGUUACGGUCUGGUACGGUCUCUACGAACGUCGUAG